UGGCCAGCGCACCUACCGAGCGAGCAACGCCCCGCCACACCACCACCAGCUAGGGCGGCGCAAACUGACUCACAGCCGCCGGCUGCUCAUAGAUCUCGGUCGAUUCUUCUAGAGUUUUGUGAGGUUCGGCCUGUUGAAUUGGAGGCAUACUGGAUUAGGCUACAAUUGGAUCCUGUUAGAAUGAAGACAGUUUCGGGUCAUGUUAUUUCCUCGAAACCGAUAUCUCUCCCAAAAGCUGCCAAGAUCCUCUCCACGUUUGUGACGGUCGAGAACGGUGCUUCCCAUGCUAUUAGUGCUUAUCUACAGCGUGCUUCCACCGCGUUUGAUGAGCUGGUUCAAUUGCACAAGGAACUAAAGGCCCAUAAAUCUGAACACAAAAGCAAGCACCACAAGUUGGAUUCUGCUAAAGAGCUGCCUCAGGAGUUUGAGCUGAGUGUAGAACCAAGAGAGACUGUAACAGUUGACCUCAAUGAAGAGCCCAGUCAUGGGGAACAUGAGGUUUUGGGUGGCAAUAGAAAAAAGCAAAAGAAGUCUAAGAAGAAGGUGGAUGCAGAUCACACUGGUAAUCUUGGGGACAAUGAGGGAAAUCUUAGUGACGGGGCAAGCGAAUGCAACAGCCAUUUAGCCAAUGGGGUUCUGGAUGAAGUUAUUGGGAACAGGAGUAAUGGAGCUGAGAAAAAUGCAGGUGUAGCAGGUGAAAAGAAGAAAAAUAAAAAGCAGCGGCAGAAUUGGAAUGAUGAGAAGGGUAAUCUAGUCGAAAAUGGGAUGGAGGCUGGGGUGAGUAAUGAUGGUAGAGUAAUGGCUGUCGACGAGGCAAAGAAGAAGGCGGGUGAGAGCAAUGAAAUGGAAGAGAAACGUGGAGAAGAUUUCUCAAAGCAGUCGAGUAAGAAAAAGAAAAAGAGGAAGGGAGGAUAUGACAGUAGUUUACAGGAUAAUGGGGUUGUGGUUAAGAAGAAGACGGUUUGAUGGAGAGGCCGUGAGGAGAUUGAAGAUGGGCAAGAAGAAGACGGUUUGAUGGAGCGCCCGAAUAAGAAGUCAAAGAAGAAGAAAAACUCGGACGAACAUUAGUUGGGAAAUAAGAGCAAUCCUUUUUCGCAGUUUUGUCGUCCUGUAUUAGAUUUGUAGCAUUUUGGUCUGUGCCAAAAAAGCACUUCUGUUGUUGAUUAGGAUGUUAAACAAUACAAGGCGGUGGAUUUUUUUUUUUUAAUAAGCUCAUGUUUCCUUGGUUCAUGUUCUGUAAGAUUUGCUAUAGGCGCUAAUUCCUGCCUAAUUGCAGUGAUGGAAAUUGUAUUGAGUGAUCAUACUGCCAAUGGCUCUAAUUUAGCUGAAUAUAAUCCUUUAUAUCUUAUUA